CGGGAUUGGCGGGCGCCGCACUCGGAGCGUUACGGCGCGGCGCGGCCGUGCCCGCAGCGCGGAGCUGUCCGCGGUGCUGACCGCCGCCGGCCAUGGGCUCGCCGCCGCCCGCCCUGCUCCUGCCGCUCCUCGCCGCGCUCCUCCGCGUACCGGCCCACGGUUUCAAUGGGCUGGCGAGGAAAACCGGGGAGAGCGCUGAGGCCGAGGGGGAGCCGACGGCCCUACCCACGCCGGCGGAGCGGGAGGCAGAGGCUCACUUCGUGAGCACGGCACCCACACUGAAGCUCCUCAACCAUCACCCGUUGCUGGAGGACCUGCUGCACGAAGCCUUCCUGAAGAAGGACUACCUGGCCCAGGCGCCAUUCCUGCCUGCCGGCCCCGGCCCCCUUCUACCCGCCGGUGCCCUCCAGCCGGCCCCCGGCCCCCCGGCCCCGAACCCCCCCCCGCGCACCCCCGCCCUGCCCAGGGCUGCCUUCCCCACCGACCCGCUGACCACGCCGGCGGGGCGCCCGGGGCCGUGGGGGGAGGCGUGGGGGGCCGUGCCGGGUGCCGACCCCCCGUGGUCCUCCACCGGGGUGCCGGAGUCGAGCCCCGCGUCCCCCAGCUGGGCACCCGCCACAGCCGGCACAUCCCUAGGACCCCGCGCCGGGGCCGGCGCGGUCCCCAGAGAUGAGGAAGGGACCACCACCACCUCCACCAUCACCACCACCACCGUCACCACGCUGCAGGGACCAGCCCCCUGCAACCGAACGCUGGCGGGUCCUGAGGGCUGGCUGGUGUCCCCGGAGCCGGCCGCCGUCCCCUACGAUGGCAGCCUGGACUGCACCUAUACCAUCUCCGUCUACCCUGGCUACGGCGUGGAGCUCAAGGUACAGAACAUCAGCCUGGCGGAGGGGGAGACGCUGACGGUGGAGAGCGCGGGGGGCCUGGAGCCCACCCUCCUGGCCAACGAGUCCUUUCUGCUGCGGGGCCAGGUCAUCCGCAGCCCGGCCAACCUCCUCACCCUCCGCUUCCAGAGCCCCCGGCCCCCCAGUCCCGGCUCCUACUGCUUCCGCUACCAAGCCUACCUGCUGAGCUGCCCCUUCCCGGCACGGCCGGCUUUCGGGGAGGUCUCGGUCAGCAGCCUGCACCCCGGCGGGGACGCUCGUUUCCGCUGCGCCGCCGGCUACCAGCUGCAGGGCGCCCGCCGGCUCACCUGCCGCAAUGCCACCCGUCCCUUCUGGAGCGCCCGUGAGCCCCUCUGCCUCGCGGUGUGCGGCGGCGUGGUCCGGAAUGCCACGGUGGGACGCAUCGUCUCGCCCGGCUUCCCCGGGAACUACAGCAACAACUUGACGUGCCACUGGCUGCUGGAGGCGCCCGCCGGCCACCGCCUGCACCUCCACUUCGAGAAGGUCUCGCUGGCGGAGGAUGACGACAGGCUCAUCAUCCGCAAUGGCAACAACGUGGAGGCACCGCCGGUGUACGACUCUUACGAGGUGGAGUACCUGCCCAUUGAGGGGCUGCUCAGCACCGGGCGUCACUUCUUCGUGGAGCUCACCACCGACAGCAGCGGGGCCGCUGCAGGCAUGGCGCUGCGCUACGAGGCCUUCGAGCAGGGGCAUUGCUACGAGCCCUUCGUCAAGUACGGGAACUUCACGGCCAGUGACUCCCGGUACCCCGUGGGCACCACGGUGGAGUUCAGCUGUGACCCCGGCUACACGCUGGAGCAGGGCUCCACCAUCAUUGAGUGCGUUGACCCCAGCGACCCGCAGUGGAACGAGACGGAGCCGGCGUGUCGCGCGGUGUGCAGCGGGGAGCUGACGGACACGGCCGGCGUGGUGCUGUCGCCCAACUGGCCGGAGGCGUACGGCAAGGGCCAGGACUGCAUCUGGGGGCUGCACGUGGAGGAGGACAAGCGCGUCAUGCUGGACGUCCGCGUGUUGCGGCUGGGCACGGGGGACGUGCUGACCUUCUACGACGGGGACGACCUGACGGCGCGCAUCCUGGGCCAGUACACAGGCGCCCGUGGCCGCUUCAAGCUCUACACCUCCACCGCUGACGUCACCGUCCAGUUCCAGUCCGACCCUGGUGCCGGCGCCUUUGCCUAUCGGCAAGGCUUUGUCAUCCACUUCUCCGAGGUCCCCCGUAACGACACCUGCCCCGAGCUGCCGGACAUCGCCAACGGCUGGAAGACGUCCUCGCAGCCAGAAUUGCUCCACGGCACCGUGGUCACCUACCAUUGCUACCCCGGCUUCCAGCUGGCCGGCACCGACCUCUUGAUGUGCCACUGGGACCUGACGUGGAGCGGCGACCUACCCUCCUGUGAGCGGGUGACCUCCUGCCGGGACCCCGGGGAUGCCGAGCACAGCCGCAGGGUGGUCUCCAGCCCUAAAUUCCCAGUGGGAGCUACCGUGCAGUACGUCUGCGACAAGGGCUACAUCCUGGCGGGCGCCGGGACCCUCACCUGCCACGACCGCGCCGCGGGGGGACCCAAGUGGAGCGACCGUCUCCCCAAGUGUAUCCCGGAGACGUACGAGCCUUGCCACAACCCCGGCGUGCCGGCGGGCGGGCGACAGAGCCCCGAGCGGCGGUCGUACCCGGCGGGAGCCACCUUACGCUUCUCCUGCGCUGCCGGACGGGUGCUGCUGGGCGAGGGCAGCCUGCGCUGCCUGCCCGGGCACCCCUCACGCUGGAACGGCUCUCCUCCCAUCUGCAAGGCGGCCUCCUACGAUGAGUUUUACAGCAACCGCAACCUGGACGCUGUGGCCAAGGCCGUGCCCUCGGGGACGGCGCUGGAAGGCACCAACGUCGCCAUCGCCGUCUUCCUGCCCGUGCUGGUGGUGGCCCUGCUCAUCGGGGGCAUUUACCUCUACUUCUCCAAGCUCCAGGGAAAACCGGCCCUGCAGCUGCCCCUUGCCGGCUCCCACCCUUACGACCACAUCACCGUGGAGUCGGCUUUCGACAACCCCACCUACGAGACAGGAGAGACGAGGGAAUAUGAGGUGUCCAUCUAGGCGCGGGCAGCAUGGAGCUGGGCACCGCAGCCACCCCUCCGGGCCCCCCCCCCGUGCCCGCCGGCCCCCCCGGCACGGGCCGGGCACACCUCUCCCAAGGAGACUCAAGCCGAGUGCUCGGCGGGACCAACCUGGGUGCCGGCUACCCCCUCUGCCACCCCCGACCCACCCGGACCCCCGUGGGGUCUGCCCGAGCCCCCCGACCCACCCGGACCCCCGUGGGGUCAGCCCGAGCCCCCCUGUCACCCAAACCCCCGCCCCGGGCUCACGGGGUGCUGAGCCAGCGGGGAUCCCCUGGCCCCAUCCUGCCCCCCCCCCCCCAGGGGCACAGCAGCCCCCCCCCCGGCCCCUGCAAUGGAGGAGGGACCCAAGCAGGGGGAGUGGGGCCGUGGGGACCCCCCCCCAGGUAAGAACAGGGCGCCCGGGGACUGUGGCGGGGAGGGGGCAGUGGGAUGUCCUGCAGAGCCCCGGGGGGGGGGCGAGGGGCUUGGGUAGCCAUUGGAUUGCCCCCCCCCCCCCCUCGCCCCCCCCCCCCAGCACAGGGCCUGGCCCCCCCCCCCCCGCACCCCCGUGUCUCCCACCACCGCCACGCAGGGACGUGCCCCCCCCCCCCCCGUGCCCCGAGCAUGCUGUGUCGUCCCCCCCCCCCCGGCCCCCCGCUUGCUUCCCUCUCCCUGGGGUGUCCCCUCCGCCACCGGCGUGUCCCGUGUCCCCCCCCCCCCGGUACCCCAGCAGAGCCGGAUCCGGGCCGCCAGCCCGGGGUAACGGGGUGGGCAGAGGGGGGGGGGGGGGUGUCACCGGGUACGGCUGUGCCCCCCCCCCCCGCCCCCACGCCGCGUCCCACCCGCGCUGGUGGCCCCGGCUCCGGCCCCAGCCGCCCCCUCCGCCCUUCCCCCCAUCUUUUGGUUGUUUCAUUAAUAAAAACUGGUGUUUUAGAA